AUUCCUGGAUGGCAAGCUCCUCGAUAUCAGCAAAGACUUUCAGCCAUAUUAUGGGGAAGGAGGACGCAUUCUAGAGAUCCGGACUCCAGAGGCAGUGACAAGCAUCAAGAAGCGAGGAGAAAGCUUGGGGUACACGGAAGGGGCCUUGCUGGCCUUGGCCUUCAUCAUCAUCCUCUGCUGCAUCCCGGCCAUCUUGGUCGUCUUAGUCAGCUACAGACAAUUUAAAGUAUGCCAGGCCGAGUGCACCACGACUGCCAGAAUCCAGUCUGUGAUGCCAGCGGCCAAGCCUGCAGCUCCUGCACCUGCUGCCCCACCACCACCCCCAAGCACACAUCUCUAUGAGGAGCUGGGAGGCAGUGCCAUGUACGAAAUGCCACAAUAUGGAAGUCGCCGCCGACUGCUGCCCCCAGCUGGGCACGAGGAGUACUGUGAGGUGGUUGGUGAAGCUGAGGAGGAAUAUGAGGAGGAAGAGGAAAAGCCAGAGAAAAUAAAAAAACCAAAAGUUGAAAUUAGAGAGCCUAGUGAGGAGGAGGUAGUGGUGACUGUCGAAAAGCCGCCGGCCGCCGAGCCCACGUACCCGGCCUGGAAGAGGGCCAGGAUAUUCCCUAUGAUUUUUAAGAAAGUCAGAGGACUUGCUGAGAGACGAGGCACCGACCUUGAGGACGAGGCAUGGAGAAGGCCCCUGGAGGAAGAACACAAGGAUUAUCUGAAACUGAUUCUCGACUAAGAGGAAGCUACUGAAAGCACCGUGGAGUCUGAGGAGGAGUCCAGUGACUACACCGAGUACACGGAAACGGAGUCUGAGUUCAGUGAGUCAGAAACCAUGGAAGAGUCGGAGUCAGAGACCUGGUCUGAGGAGGAGGAGAGCUCCACCCCGGAGUCGGAGGAGUCGGAGUCCACCGAGUCGGAAGCAGAAAAGGCGAGAAAAAAUAUCGUGCUAGCAAGAAGAAGGCCCAUGGCAGAGGUCAGGGAGGUUAAAGGCGAGAGAGAGGAGCCGCCUCCAGAGCAGGAAGCAUCUCCCAGGGAUGAAGAAGAGGAGGCGCACCCAGAAUGGGAGGAAAGUGAGCCAUUCCCUAUGGAGGAGUCCAUAGACCUGGAAGCUAGAGAUGUCCUGGAGGAAGGAAGCACACGGUCAGCCUCCAUGGAGGGAGGUAUGGAGAGCGAGGAGGAGUCAGAAGCCGGCAGCAGCAGCAGCAGCAGCAGCAGCACUAACGAGAGUCUAUCUGGAGGUCCGUGGGGCUUCCAGGUACCAGACUAUGUCAGAUGCAGGUACACAGACCAAAGGAAGUCUCCAGGAGCGAGCUCCGAAGGUGACAGCUCAGCACUUUAG